UCUACUUCACCUCACCAGUUGUCUCAGGCUAGCACCCGUCAGUUGAUGAGACCCAAUGGGUGAUCGCCCCGCCAUGAGUCGAUAUACCAACGUCACAGUUGAGUUCAAAGUCGAACCGUUCCAUAUUCCUGCGACAGCCAUUCGAAAACUCGAACAGUUUGCUAAUGGUUCAGGAGGGCUCGGUGACGUCUGGAAAUGUUCCAUGUCUACACAAUCUGAGACCCGCACUGUCGCUGUCAAAUCGAUCAGGAUCCCUCAAUCAAAUGAUAAAGAACUAGUAAAAAGAACAGGCAGGAGAAUUCGCCGCGAGGCUUAUGUUUGGAUCAAGUUGUCGCACGACCACAUUCUCCCUUUCGAGGGUGUUACCGAAGAAUUUGGGCCACUUCCUUCAUUGGUUUCUCCAUGGAUGGAAAACGGAUCACUGAAUUAUUAUUUGAGGCGCGAGUUUUCCAAACUGACUGAACUUCGAAAACUAGACCUUAUGCAGCAGGUGGCUGCUGGUCUUGGUUAUUUGCACGGGCAGCACGGCGGGGGCAUCGUGCAUGGUGACUUGACAGGGACCAACAUUUUUGUUGAUAGCUCUGGUUGCCUCCGUCUCGCGGACUUUGGUCUGUCGAUGAUCCUCGCCGAGGCGGAAAAUACUACGUUCAACUCCUGUCAUCCAGGAAACACACGUUGGAUGGCCCCUGAGGCUAUUGACGCUCAAGACGAGAAGCCAACCAAAGCUGGAGAUAUUUAUUCGUAUGGCUGCGUGAUGUUGCAGAUCUUCUCGGGAAAGCAACCUUACGAGAAGAUCAAAACUGUAGGUGCCGUUAUGAACGCAAUCAUUCAAGGACGUGAGCCUUUUGAUGGAAUACAGAGUCGUGGGGUGUGUGGACAGCUCCCAACGCGAUGCUUGAAUAGGAGACCAGCUGAGCGCCCAACGAUUGACGAUGUCAUGCGAGAUCUGGGUCACCGUAAUUAGUUUUGUAUUGUUAUCGGUCAUAUCAGUCAGAACAUCCAUACCAGAAAGAACCACGCAAAGAGGUGCAGUCUUACUUCUCCAACAGUGCC